AAAGGCGAAAAACCUUAGAAGAAACAUGCAGAACUUUAUUCAAUAAACAGUGACAUAUUUUUCGUUUCUGAAACAAUUGAUAGGCCAAAAUGAAAGUAAAAGUAUUAAGUCGUAAUCCAGAUGAGUAUUUGCGCGAAACAAAGCGUGAUAUACACAAAGUGCCUAGAAAUUAUGAUCCGGCGUUGCAUCCUUUCGAGGCUGCGAGAGAAUACACAAGAGCUUUGAACGCCGUGAAGCUCGAGCGUGUGUUCGCAAAACCUUUUAUCGGCAAUUUGGAAGGUCACAAAGACGGUGUCGCCUGCAUAGUGAAACAUCCAGGACGUUUGUCGGUACUUUUGAGUGGUGCUUUUGACGGAGAAGUCAGAGUUUGGGAUCUCCCGCAGAGAAAAUGUGAGCGAACCAUUCUGGCUCAUGACGGAAUAGUGCGAGGAAUAGCAUUCACCCCAAGCACAGAAAAUUUUAUCACUACCGGCGAUGACAAAACUAUAAAAUUAUGGAAAUCUUUGAAACCCCAAUUUGGCGAGGAAGAUGAACCUGUUAAUACAAUCAUAAGCAAAACUGUUAUAACUGGCAUUUCGCAUCACCGGAGCGCAAAUUUAUUUGCCACCUGCGGAGAAUUGUGCCAAAUGUGGGAAGAGAGUAGAAACGAACCUAUAAGAACUUUCAAAUGGGGUGUUGACAGCCUGCACGAUGUUAAAUUCAAUCCUGUUCAGACAAAUCUCUUGGCUGCUUGUGCCAGCAAUAGAAGCAUCAUUCUUUACGACACCAGAGACACCGGACCUUUGAGAAAAGUUACUCUAAAAUUGAGAACUAACAGGCUUGCAUGGAAUCCUAUGGAAGCUUUUUCAUUUACCUGCGCUAAUGAGGAUUAUAAUCUCUAUACGUUCGAUACCCGAAAAUUAUCGACACCUGUAAACGUUCACAUGGAUCACGUUGACGCAGUUACUGACGUAGAUUACUCUCCAACGGGCAAAGAAUUCGUAUCCGGAAGUUAUGACAAAUCUGUUCGUAUUUACGAAGUGAAUAAAGGACAUUCUCGAGAAAUUUAUCACACCAGAAGAAUGCAGAGAUUAACAUCCGUUGGAUGGUCACUCGACAACAAAUACAUUCUCAGCGGAAGUGACGAGAUGAAUAUUCGAGUUUGGAAAGCACGAGCGUCUGAAAAAUUGGGAGUGCUCAAACCCAGGGAACGAACAGCCUUGAAUUACAGCGAAGCUCUGAAAGAGAAGUUUGCUGGUCAUCCUCAAGUUCGACGAAUCGCUCGGCACAGACAAGUGCCAAAACACAUUUUCAAUGCGCAAGGAGAAAUGCGGGCGGUGCGAGAGAAGAUCAAACGGAAGGAGUCCAACAGACGUGCUCAUUCAAAAAAAGGUUCGGUACCCUUCCUAUCGGAAAGAGAACGUCACGUCGUCGGCGAAGAAACGUAAAAUACGCAAUAGUUGUGCACUUACAAUUUACAUAUUGUUUAAUAAAUUUUUACCAGCUCAUCGUAA